AUGGCCUUGAAUCUCAUCUUCAUGCUAAGCCUGAUAAUGGCUGCUGGCAAUCUUGUAGAUUCUCGCAUACUACUAGAGAAAUUAUCGAACGAAAACGAGCAAAGAAAUGGAGGAAAGUUGGUGGCAAAUAAUGAUUCCGACAGUAAAGCUAAUAAUAACAAGAUGGUGGAGAACUUGGGUGACAUGAAAGAUUCACCACCUCUUCCAAAUAUUCCCCUACUACCUCCUAUUCCAGGAACUGGAACAACUCCAUCAGCUCCACCUUUUCCUUUUCCUUUUCCUUUUCCUGUUCCUCAGUUCCCAAUCCCACCAUUUCCAGGAAUAACACCUCUUCCUCCUAUCCCUACCAUUCCUACUUUUCCACUACCACCUCUUCCUCCUAUCCCUACCAUCCCCUUUCUCACUCCUCCUCCUGCUUAA